AUGAUCUUCAAUUCCAGCCUGAACGCCCUCAAUCAGGGACUCAAGUGCAGUAACAGGGAAUUGCUGAUCAGUCUGAGCGUCAUGAUGGGCGUUACGGUAGUCUUCCUGGCCAUCUACUACUCUCUCACAGACAACUCGAAAGAGAUUGUUCUGGUAGGGGACAAGCUGUGGCUCACGUGCCCUAUGAGUGUGGACCAAUAUGUCAUUCUCGCAUCACAAGCCGCGAUGAUGUCGAUACAAAUUAAUUUUAUCAGGUGGGAGCUGUAUUGGCAUUCCAGGUGCGCCGAGUGCCAUCCGAUUUCAAAGAGAGUAGUCUGAUCGGAAUGGCCAUUUAUAAUUGGAUCUUCUUGACCGUAGGAGCCAUACCAAUCCUGCUUCUCACACCCAGUGACAACAACACAACCCUGGUUAUCAGAAGCGUGUACAUCAUGCUCAACUUCAUGGUAACAGCCGCGCUGUUGGUCUUCUAUAAACUAUUAUUGAUCUAUCAUGACAGGAACAAAGAGAUGCGAAAGAGUCUCAUGUCCGAAACCGGGAAUCAUCCUCCGUGUAACCGAUUCAAAGCCAGCCCCAGGCUUCGCGAUACUCCUGGAGAUGGCCCCCGCGCAAGAACACGCAUCAUAUCUCUACUGACAUUGUGCCCUGUGAUUCCUUGGCACUCAAUAGGCUGCCAACCGCUGUCCAAGAGCUCGAGCGCUGAAAUCGGGGGAUCGGUACCGAUGCGGUCCUCCAUGUUUACCUCGUCAGGCGGGGCGCUCCUGGAUGUGCCUUCCCGCGGCAGUUCUAUCCUCAGGAGAACCCCUACGCUGAGCUCACAGUCAAGAAUAUUAUCGCCGAAACCUGGUUCGUCAAUCGAAGGCACCGAAUUGCGACGAGGCCAUUCCCUACCCAUCGGGCGAAAUGGAACACCAGCUACUGCUGUAGCAGGCCAAAUCAUCUCUGAUUGUGUAGAGCUGUGUUCUGUAGAUUUCAGUGAGUCAGUCCUGGGCGAAGCACCCAUUGAGGGCGGGAAAGGUAAGAAGAAGAUGGAAGUCGCCAGAGACUACGCUACUAAAGGCACUAUCUCCGUAUCUGAGGUCAAUAGCAGUACUGAUCUGGGUCAGAGUUCAACAGAGACAUCGGAUAAGCUGUAGGGUGUAUGCGUACUCUAUAUACACACAUUAUAUAUAUAUAUGUAUAUUUAUAUAUAUAUAUAUAUAUAUAUAUGCUGAUCUGGCCACCUUGCGAAAUAAGAUUCCGUUGGGGUGAGAAUCCUUUCGGAAGUAGUGCACUUCUGCACCGAUUCAGUUGCUAUGCGCUGAAUGGCGCACGAGUGGUAUUUGCGAUAUGAAUGCCAUAGAUUCAAAUAUCUCAUCUGUAGCUGAGACGACGCACCCACAUGCGGUGCGGUGGUACACUCACCAGAGACUAGCUCACAUCAAUUCUUGGUUUUACUAAACCCUAAAACCGCCAAACCCCUAGGCCGUUGACAGACACGCGCACAGCACCGAUAAGUGUGUGUGCUUGUAUGGAUGGAUGGCAUACACAAGCGUUAAACGCGGAGCUUAAAUAUAAAUAAGUACAAAAGCAUGCGAUGCCCGUCACAGCUCCGCCAAACGUUACCGACGAAAUAGAACCGCAGUCAUUACGCUGCUCCGAUAGAAGGUAGAGCCGAGCAAUAGCCUCGGGGGGAGAAGUCACUGCAAGACACACCUCCACGAGAGAAUUGGCGAUGGAUGAGUAGCACAUCCGAGAUGUUAGUAGACUAAUAAUGAAUUAUAGUAAGCCCGUUGUGGGCAACAAUCAACAUAUACGAGGCAUGCAUAGCCUCGAACCUAUAGAGGUAUAUGUGACUGUCACAAUUCGGCGUGCUAUGUACGCGACGUUCUUGAGUCGUCGAGUACGUACGAACACGCAAAUAGCAAACCCCAUAGGCAGUUGUCCAACAAAUGCUAAAGAAAUUAAAUAUAGAAUGGAAAUAAACCUUCUAAAUGCUUAAAGUGUGUAUAACUAAAUAGAGAAUAUUAAAAAUAAACCCUUUAAAAUGC